CGUUUUACACACGGCCGCCGUGGCGUGGCCGUUGCUGAGUUGUUUUGCGUUUUUACUGCUUUUUUGCGGUCUGUGAAUUAUGUGGCAUGUGUAAACGGUGUUCUUCGGUAUUUGAACUGUGGAAGCAAGUACAAGCGCAAAGAUGCCACAAGAAACGCCUGUUGUGAAGAGGAAAGCCACCUGGAGCGUCAAUGAUGAACUCAGUCUACUUCCUUCGGAGGACUCGGUGCAACACUUAGCUGCAGAUGUAAACGGAGACUACGAGCUGAAGAAAGCGAAAAUUCAGGGGGUAACAGCUAAACGUUGGACGUUAAAGCCAGUGUUAGCUCACGAGUACCUAAGAGAAGUCGAAACAGUUCCGGUUUAUGUGGCCGCAAUAACAGAUCGCCAAAAGACGAGUCAGCUCGUCAGAAUGCUCUCAGUAACCAUGUCGCUGGGCAAUCUUCAACAUUUGAAGCGCGUUCGUACAUCCAGUUCAGGGCUGGAGAUAAUAAUAUGCCAGUGUCCAGAAGGACACAGUGGCACCACUCAGUCUUUGACGGAUAUUCUUGGUGGCAACACACCGGAGGGACUCUCGCCCCACGUCAAAGUUGUGAAUGUACCCAAGCAUACCCCAAUGACACGGCCUCAGUACGAGUGCUCAAACUGUAUGUGGCCAACACAGUUCCAUGAAAAUAAGCACAUAGCUCAAGUGCUUAAUGACGAGCUCUUUGACAACGGGGAGAAACUUGAAUUGGAGUCCUACAUGAGACUUGCUGUCACAGCUGCAAAAAAGGCGUCAACCUGUGAUGCGGUUACUAUUGUCAACCCGUCAAGUCACAAAGUGCUGGUGACCACCGUCCGCAACAACAAUCAUCCGCUGCAACAUGCAGUGCUGACAGCGUUGGAUCUUGUAGCACGACUGCAAGGGGGAGGAGCGUGGAAUCUUCCCGAUGGAUCAGGCAUACUUUACGACGUCUCGCAGGAAGAUCAGCGGGUAGAUGGACAGGAACCGUAUCUGUGUACAGGCUACGAUGUCUACGUUACCCAGGAGCCCUGCCUUAUGUGUUCCAUGGCGCUGGUCCAUUCCCGAAUCCGGCGCCUCUUUUAUGGCUGUCGGUCACCUGCUGGAGCUUUGGGGUCACAACACAAGUUACAUGUGCAGAAAGGACUCAAUCACCACUUUGAAGUGUGGGAGGGUGUGUUAGAGUAUGAAUGCAGUGCACUCUCUGUGCCAGAUAGCUGACAUAUUUUGUCUGUAGGCAACGCGAUUAAGAGACAAUGCACUUGUGAUGCAGCGUAAUUGUCAGACAUUGCCCAAGGAAAUUGGUGUCAAAAUACUAUAUGCUGAAUAAAAUGGCUACUGAACCAUA